AUGUCACAACAUCAAGAUACAUCCGCUUCUAAAAUUACUAAGUCUACCCCAAAAGUUAGUGUUCCUCCCAUGGGCGUCCCUGAUGAUGAGAUUCUGGAUGUUGCUCCUCUCUCUGUUAUUCCCGGUGCAGACAUUGAUUUGAACCAACCCAUCUCCAUUGAUGCAUCCACUUCUUCAUGUUCCAAUCAAGGUAAUACCUAUAGUAUUCCUUCUGGUUCAACUCCUAUCACUAAGAAUAAGGAAGGAACACACUAUACUGAUCGUGUUAUAAGAUACCUAGUUACUAGAAUUCUUAAUGAAGGCCACUCUAUGAAGGGGGUGUCUACUCCCCUUGCUCAAAUGUGUCCCUCUCCUGAGGUUGAACAACCUAGUUGUAAGGGUGAUGAUCCCUUCAGUUCUGAAAAGGACUUGGCUGCUGAAGGGUUGUCCUCUUUAGGGCAAACCGUGUCUGAAAAAGGGAAAUCUGUGGCCUCUAACACUGCUAAUGCUUCCCACUCUAAGAAGCAUAAUGAUGCAAAUGUUGUGAUUGAUCUAGAGGAUGCUAGAAAAGCUAAGAAGACUGAUGGUAUUGGUCCCUCCAAACCACGGAGCAAGGUUGAAGUAAAGAAGAGGAAGGUCAGAGAUGAUUCUGAGUAUGAAGAGGAUGUUGAGGAAGAUGUCCCUGACAUCUCACCUGCAAAGAAAACUACUGUUAGGAAGUCUCCUGUUAAAGUACCUACUGUUCAUUUGGAUAACAUCUCCUUCCAUCUUGAGGAUGGAGCUGCUAAGUGGAAAUUUGUGCUUCAUAAAAGGGUAGCUGUGGAAAGGGAAUUGGGAAAAGAUGUUGCUGAUGUCAAGGAGGUCAUGGACAUGAUAAAAGCUGUUGGGCUUUUGAAGAUUGUUGUUGGGUUUUCUCAAUGCUACGAAGGUUUAGUCAAGGAAUUUAUUGUUAACAUUCCUGAGGAUAUUUCUGAUAAGAACAACAAGGAGUUCUGCAAGGUGUAUGUGAGGGGCAAAAACAAUGAGGGUGCAGGAGAAUUAAAAGUUACAGACAAUCAGGUAUGUAGUGAGAUUACAGCUAGGCAGAUGAAAGUUUGGCCUGUUAAAAAGCAUUUUCCUGCUGGGAAGUUGAUUGUCAAGUAUGCUAUCCUGCAUAAAAUAGGAGCUGCUAACUGGGUCCCUACCAACCAUAUCUCCACCAUUGCUAAUACUCUUGUGAGGUUUAUUUUUGCUGUUGGGACAAAAGUGAAAUUUGACUUUGGUAGAUUUAUGUUUGAUCAAAUCAUCAAGCAUGCAACUACUAAUGCAGUUAAGCUUCCAAUUGCUUUUCCCUCUAUGAUUUGUGGAAUUACCUUGAAUCAACAUCCUGGUAUUCUGUGCUCAAAUGAUUUACCUAGUAGGAGAAAACCAACUCUGUCUGUGCACUACAAACUCUUUGAAGGCAGUCUUGUCGAGGAUAUUGUCAUGACAUCUGCCAUGAAGAGGCCAGUCUCAAAAGCUGAGGGUGAAAAUGUUGAACAUGCUAAUGUCAGCCAUGAAGAAGAAGCUGAAGCCCACACCUCUAAUGAGAGGUCUGCUAACAAUGAUGUUGCAAGUGGCAAUUCUGCUUCUAGUGCUGAUGAAGAGGCUGCAAACUCAAGCUCUACUGAUUAG